UUUGUCUCUCUCUCUCUCUCUCUCCCUCUCCCUCCCUCUAUAUCUCUAUAUUCUGUAUAUAUAUAAAAUAUAUAAAAAUAUGUAUAUAUUGAUGAGUUGUGAGUACGAUUACUAGAAUAAUGAUGAAUUCUAUUUUCCGGAAUAUUUGGGUUGGAGUUUUGUGAAGGAAGAUCUGCCUUACUCUCUCUGACUCUUGUCUUCUCUACCUCUCAUUCUCUUUGUCUCUCUUUAUUUGGUGCCUCAAUUAUGGCCAGCACUCAUUCUAGUAGUAAUGGUGAAGCCUCACUGGACCCCAGGCUCACGCCACCGCCGUCCUUCAAGACCCGGAGGAGGCUGCCGUCCGCCGUGCCCCGUGCCGCCUCCGAGGCCGAUGACUUCUUUAACCUCUUCCACGGCUCCGAUCCCGUCCGUGUUGAGCUCACUCGCCUUGAGAAUGAACUCCGAGAGAAAGAAAGGGAAUUGGGAGAAGCACAAGCCGAAAUUAAGUCCGUGAAGUACUCUGAGCGCCUAAAGGAGAAGGCUGUUGAGGAGCUGACCAAUGAGCUAAGUAAAGUGGAUGAGAAGCUAAAAAAGACAGAAGCUCUUUUAGAUAGCAAGAAUCUUGAAAUUAAAAAAUUAAAUGAUGAGAAAAAAGCUGCUCUGGCUGCUCAAUUUGCUGCAGAAGCCACUCUUCGGAGGGUACAUGCUGCUCAAAAAGAUGAUGAUUUGCCUCCUAUUGAGGCAAUCAUCGCACCACUGGAGGCAGAACUAAAGCUUACAAGAAUGGAGGUGGCAAAGCUUCAAGAUGACAAUAGAGCACUGGAUCGCCUUACUAAAUCUAAAGAAGCUGCUCUGCUGGAGGCAGAACGCACUGUUCAAACGGCUUUAGCUAAGGCUGCCUUGGUUGAUGACCUGCAAAACAAAAACCAAGAGCUGAUGAAACAAAUUGAGAUAUGCCAGGAGGAGAAUAAAAUUUUAGACAAAAUGAACAGACAGAAGGUUGCAGAAGUUGAAAAGCUAACUCAAACUGUCCGUGAACUUGAAGAAGCUGUAUUGGCAGGGGGUGCUGCUGCUAAUGCUGUAAGGGAUUAUCAGCGAAAAAUGCAAGAAAUGAAUGAGGAGAAAAGACUUCUAGAUCGGGAACUAGCUCGUGCAAAAAUAUCUGCAAAUCGUGUGGCUGUUGUUGUUGCAAAUGAGUGGAAAGAUUCAAACGAAAAAGUAAUGCCUGUAAAACAGUGGCUUGAAGAAAGAAGAUUUUAUCAGGGUGAAAUGCAGCAGCUACGAGAUAAGCUAGCAGUGGCGGAGCGCACUGCAAAGGCAGAAGCACAGCUCAAAGAUAAAUAUCAAUUACGGUUUAAAGUCUUGGAAGAAAGACUUAAAUCGAAUUCUAAUGUUACUUCCCGCACUGCAUCAGAAAUAAGAAGUGUAAGCAAUGGCCGCACACGUCGUCAGUCAUUUGGAGGAAUAGAAAGCAUGUCCAAACCAUCUCAAAAUGGACUCUUGUCAAGAAAAACAAAUCAAUCCGGAGCAUCCGGAUUGAAGAAAGCAAAUCAAUCCGGAGCAUCCGGAUUGAAGAAAGCAAAUAACUUGUCAACAUGGUUUGAUAGAAACAGCAAAUCAGAAGGUAAAGAUCAAUCAAAUGGGAAUAUAGAUGAGAAAGAGUUUGGAUCUGGAAAGGCAAUCAGAGAUCCCCAUAGUAAUGGAAUACUCACUUUGCAUGAGAAUGGGAAUGGGAAAAGUACUGAUAGAACGAAAUUGGAGAAUGAAGAUUAUGUUUCUGGUUCGUUGUAUGAUAUGCUGCAAAAAGAGGUUAUAGCUUUGCGGAAAGUCUGCCAGGAGAAAGAUCAGAUGGUCAAGGACAAGGACGAUGCAAUCGAGAUGUUAGCAAAAAAAGUGGAAACAUUAAAUAAAGCUAUGGAGAUAGAAGCUAAGAAAAUGAGGAGAGAAGUAGCUGCAAUGGAAAAGGAAAUAGCUGCAAUGCGUAUUGGGAAGGAGCAAGAUCCAAAGAUGCGGCGUUCAAGUUCUGUCCGGGCAGCUGCAAAUGGCACGACGCGCACUCAUUGAGAAACCCUCAGAGAUUGCGAGUUCUGCAGGGAAAAUUGUCACUCUCCUGGAAAUGUAUCCCUGCUCAGCUAUUAGAAUCCAGUUGAUAUUGUGUUGCCAAUCUACUUAAACUGUAAAGAACUUUAGACAUUCCCAUUCUGUAUAUCUUUGUAAUAACAUUGUUGAUGACAGUAUUCAAGAAAUGAUUUUCAAAUGUGCUGUCAAAGAGAAAAGAGGAUGGUGAAUGUGCUGGUCUCCGUGGUACAAGAAAUUCUACAAAAUGUAUAAACCUUACCUUUAAUGCGUGUGUAUAUAUAAUAUAUAUGAUA